UAUUUCUCUUGUUUCAAUUUCCAGAGAGCAUAAAAAACAUCAGUGCAAAGAGCGCAACAUCGCAUCGCGCGCGCCUCUCGCUGCUAGCUAAUCCAAGCUCAUCGGUGUUGCUGAAUCGCGUCUUACCGCCCCGUGCAGGAGUGCAGCAGAGGAGUUGUAGGAGGGGAACCUGCAUCUCCGUUAGGAGGUUAGUGCAGCACGGCGCGGCACUGCGCUAGAGAGUCAGUCAGUCUUGCUUGCCCGAGUGAGUCGUCCGUUGGUUGUGGCACUAAACUUCUGAGAAUGUUCAAUUAUAGACGAUGUGUGACAGCAGCAGCCAGUCAUCAACGGCAGCAUUGCCGGCAGUAGUGUGGUAGCAGCCUCAGUUAGUGCCGACCGCAGCAAAGUCAUCCAGCAGCAGACGUUAGCUCCUCUGGAGAUCUUGGUUGGAGGAACAUCAGGCCCACGCCUUCAGUUCAGGUGGAAUCAGGGAGUGUGGAUUUCUAGUGGAAGUGUGGAGAAAAUAAGAAAAAAAGAAUUCCCUGAAGAGGACACAGUUGGCGAGCUGUCAAAUUCGCUGGGGGAUUUCCGUGUUCAUAAUUUAUGUUUCGAGAGUGUAGUCUAAAAGUGCAUCAGCAGCAGCAGCAGUUUGUUCAAAUUGGAGUCUAACAACUAGCAUUGUGUGAUAAAAUUGGAUCGAAUGAAGUGUGAAAAAAAUUGAUUAGUGGCGAAAUAGUUGAAUAGUGGCGAUUCAAGUGCGCAAAGAAGAGCGCCCGAACGUGAUUUUUUUUGGGUCUCUUUCCGUCUGUUUUCCCCCAAUCGAGCGAGAAUUGUGCCUCGGUCGGUUACGGUUUCGUGAAUCGAGGCACUUGGCCGGCGAAAAGUGGGCCGAUAAAUUUGGGAUCGUUUUCUUCUCGGGAACGUGAUUGCUGAGGCUGCGUGGUGGUGAAAGAAGUACAACUACUGUGUGAAGUGCGCGGUUCUGCAUUUAGGGCAGACAAGAGAGAAGGUACAGAUUAUUUGAAUCGGUGCCAAAUCUUCGUGGAUACGUACGUACAUAGUUGCUUUAGCUAUUGGUGGUAGAGAGAUAGAGUGUUGUUCGUUCAUAGUCGCUAAUCAACGCAUCCAGGAAGCAAGCACGGCGGCAGGAAAAGGGAACUGGCUUCUAUCCGGAGUCCCCGAGCGGAAUAUGGAUAGAAGUGUAGACUCCAUUGGUAGUUGUUCACUCGAUGUAGACGCCGAUUCGACGGACUUUUCAGACACCUCAGGAGAGCUCAACUUUCUGACCCCCAACUCGGCCAAGGACAUCCAGCGAGAGUUCACGGCCGGUAUCAAGGAACGUUGCAAAAUCCCGGUAAUCAACUGCCAAGCGGUCACAACCGUGUUGGAUCCCGUAACCGGCAAUAUCAGUACCGUUCUCACGACGACGUCCCCACAGACGGAAACGGCCACCACGGCGGCGGCGGCGGCGGUCGCUAGCAAGAAGCCCAGCUACCUGAAUCUGGCCUGCUGCGUGAAUGGCUACUCGAAUCUGACGACGUACGAUUCGAAGCUGCGGCAGGACAUCAAUAAGUCUCGGGAGGUCUCGCCGAACCGGCCAAUUAUUGCCACGCUGCACUACAACCGGUCGGAGGGUGGCAAUUUCCAGCUGACUGCCCCAACGCUCAGCUACAUUAGUAUGAACAAUACCAUCAACAACAAUAUUAGCAACGGAGGCAAAUUCGGCGGAAUGGUGAACGGCGCGGGACGGUUCGUGGGUGGAGGCGGCGGUGGCGGUGCUGCCCACGGACAGGAUGUGACAGAUAAUGCCAUGUUCAAUGGGAACGGGUUCGGGGGUGGUUUGAGGGCCAAAGUGAUUUCUUCGCAGUCCCAAAUUAGCAGUGUGAAGGAGACCGAGCGCGUGGUUAAAAAGAGCUUUAUACAGCAGCGUGUCGAAAAGUUGUACGGUAACGCGGAAGGUGUAGUGAUUAAUAAGCAAAUCUACAAUAGCAGCAAUGAGAGGAAAUAUUUAAACAACAUUGCCAACGAAAAUGUGAGCAAAAACUACACCAAUGCGGCGCUGCACAUGAAUGGGAACGGAAACGUGGCCACCAAUGGGGUCGGUAGCCAUGGCACUGGAGGCGGUGGUGUGGGUUUUGGCGGCGGGGGCGGUGGCGGAGGAACAAAAGAGAAUCUCGACGAAAACAACAAGGAAAUAGCCAUAGAUGAUGAUCCAGAUAUGGAAGCGCUCCCAGUGUUGAGGCAUUUGAGGCCCGAGUUUCGAGCGCAGCUGCAAAUUUUUUCGCCCAAAAAAGUUCCCAAGACUUCGCCGAGCCGGUCUGUUACGACGACGGUUGAGAGCGGCGCGGUCCGACUCAAUGGCACCAACAACAAUCACAUCAUCUCCAACGGGGAUCUAAGUCACCAUCAUCACCAUCACUCGCAUUUCGCCAAUGGCAAAGUCACAUCGAACGGAACGAGCACGUCGCUGUCGUCUGCCUCGUCGGUUCUCACAUCGUCGUCCUCGUCUUCGGUGGUAUCAGAAUCAAAGAGCAUCAUCAGCUCAACUACAGUGACGGCCACCAAAACCGCACCCACUAGUGAAUCUCGGUUCGAGCCGUCAUUAUCAGCGGCGGUGACCAUUUCGGCGGAAUCUGUGACGAAGGCGUCCGCUAUCAGUAGUGACGCAACAGCUGCUCACGAUAAUAGAAGAGCCACCACACAAGAAUCUCGCUCUGCGAUCACGACGAAACCAACGACGACGAGUACCGCGGCAGUAGUAUUCGAGCAACGACCAGCAGUCGAACAUCAACAGCAGCAGCCGCAGCCACCCAGUGAUUUAGUAGAACAAAAGAUGAAACUCGCUGAACCGACGACGAUGGUGGUCAACGGAGGUGAUGGUGGCGAUUGUGGUGCCGUGCCCAUAGUGCUGCGGAACGGAACCAGCAGGAAGAAUGGCCAUCAUCACGACGACGACGACAAGGAGAACGUGACGGCCACGGCGGCGGCGGCGGCGCAGAUUAAAGAUGGAAACUACUUCCUGCAGGUGCUCAAAAACGAACAGAAUCGGCUACUCACAAUGGCAGCCGAUAUCGAGAGGGACGUUGAACAGUUGAAGGCUGAUGGCGGAGAGAUCAGUGAGGAAGUGGCCGGUUACGUGCUGGUGGCCGCAGGCAAGGCACGGCUUCUAUGUUCCCAGAAGAUGAAACAGUUCGAAGGUCUAUGCUACAAAAAUCUAAACCAACAGCCGGAUGAGAAGUUCCAAACGACGUGCGAGGAUCUGCGCGGUUUCUGGGAUAUGGUGAUGUUGCAGGUUAACGACGUGGACGCAUCCUUCAGCGAGAUUGAGUCGUUCCGGAGGAAUGGAUGGAAGAAACCGAUCCCCAAAAGCCCCACGCCACAAGUGCGCAGCACAGCCCGGAGUACCAAGCUCACUAAAAGGCCCUUCAAGUCUCCUGCCUCGGCUGCGUCGACCAACGGCACCAGCAGUAGCCCCGCGGACAGCUCAGCGGCGGAAACGAAAAAGGCUGCAGCUGCUGCCGCCGCCGCCAAGCGGGAAGCUCAGCGCAAACAGCUGAUGGAGCUCAAACGGAAACAGAAACUCGCCAACAGCCAACAGAACGUGGAGAUAUUUGUUCCUGGAGCUGCUGCUGCCACCAAUGGAACGUCCUCAUCGGCCGACGCGACGAACGGUGCUGCGUCACCACAGUCUCUCGUGGAUGCGAGUUGAUCUCGUUUCCCCGGCGCUGCUCAACAAUCACUGGACUCAACCGGACCACCAGAGCCGGAUGUUACGUAAAGAGAACGAGAGACAGAGAGUAUCUGUAUUUUCUUCGUUUACCUUUUUGGACAUUGUGGUGUAGUUUACGCGCUAAAUCAAAUACCGGACCCCUCCCAGAUCGUGGGAUAAACAUUCACUCAUUUAAAAACACAUAACCAACCACACAUUACCUAUAGUAUGUUAGUAGAGACACGUGGAGAUGGACUGACUGAUUAAUAAGACGACCAUGAGAGAAAGAAAGAACGUAUGAGUGUGUUUGAGUUCCAUUUGUGAGUGACGACUUUUGGAUAUAUCCGAUGAGAUUGGAUGGUGGGGUGCAAGGAAAAAUUGGGGUGAGAGCACUUUCGGAUGUGU